AUGUCGGGGUACACCAAGGGAGAGUAUGAGCACCUGGAGGCGGCUGCCUCCGGAAGAGGCGUGGAUUCACCAGACAUGCCCAUGCGGCGCCUAUACGAAGUCUGUAUGGUGUUCCAGCACAAGACUUCAAAGGGAGUAAGGUUUGAUGAGCAGGACAGUGAGUUCUACAACGUUAGGGCCUUGAAGCCUCCUGGAGAGGAGGACCAAACCAAGAUGCAGAUGUGGAAGCAGCAUCGCGAGUCCAUCCUCAAGACGUUGCAGAACUGCGGCCUCAACUUGUACUGCUUCUACAGCAGAGAUAGAGAUCAAAUUCUGGUGAAGAUUGGUGCUGGGGCCCAGAAGCUUCGAGACACCGCAGCGAGGAAGCGCUACAAGCUGCAACUGAAGAAGGAGUACCUCAGUGCCUUUGCCGAGUUUCGCCAUGACUAUCCGGGAAGGCCAGAGUUCCGCUUCGCCGACCGCCGUAUCAUUUCCCACAUCUACCAGACCCACACAGAGGACAAUCUGGAUGGAAGCGGCAUUUUCAAGACCCUGGAUAAGAUUCAGCUGAUCUACCACAUCAUUCAGUCUAAAGACAAAGACUGCGCAGGCAUUAACGUUGCAAAGCUUUUGCACCAGAAAGAGGUGAAGGCUUUCUUUCCCGUGCAUGAGCCAUCUGCUAUGGAGAAGAUCAAGUCGGUCCAGUGGAAGUGGUUCUGGCCGGACGAAGAGCAUGCAAACCGGUUACGGGACUACUUUGGUGACAAGAUCACCUUCUACUUCCUGUGGAUGGCCUUCUAUGUCAAGUGGCUCCUGCCGCUGGCAUGCCUAGGCCUUUUUCUUCAAUUCAUUGACUGGUGUGCACGGACGCCUGACAAUGUGACGGCGAUUCCUUUUUGCGUACUCAUGAGCAUUUGGUCCCUGUGCUUGCCACACUUCUGGCGCCGGCAAGAGGCCAAAUGUGCCAUCAGCUGGGGAUCCAUGGACUUGGUUGAACAGCUGGAGCCUCACCGGCCAGAGCACACGGGAGAACAGCUCAUCAACCCUGUGACCUCGCAGGCGGAACCGUACUAUCCCUUUUCCAAGCGCAUCUUCAAUUACUUGGUGAGCGCUGCAGCCAUGGCUGUGGCAACCUGCAUUUGCAUGCUCUGCAUCCUCAUCCUUCUCUUCGUACGGCACAACAUCAAGAAUGAAGUGCAUCACCACAUUAUUAGCUUCCAGAUAUGCAUCGCUGCCUACGUUGAGAUUGCCAAUUCAUUGCUAGAUGUGCUUGCGAGAUUCCUCACGGACCAGGAGAACCAUAGGACACAAACUGAGUACGAAAGCGCACUCCUGUGCAAGGGAAUGGUCCUCAAGUUUGUAAACUCCUUCUUUGCUCUCUACUACGUGGCUUUCUUCAAAGAGCACCAGACGCUCUUCAGUGAGCCAAUGGAGUGCCUGAGAGACCAAUGCUUCCUGGACAUACAAGCGCAGCUGGGAAUAUUCGUGCUCUUUCGCCUCCUAGUCUCCAACGUGUUCGAGCAUUACUAUCCCAAGGUUCGCCUGUGGUUUCGAAGCUGUUACUAUGACAAGAUCAGCAUCGAGACGUUGUAUCACGGCCAUACCCUCGAGUUGGCCGAGAUGUCAGCUACAGAGCAGCAGGCCAAAAAGGACAAGCACCGUAACUUCGAUCAGUUCGAUGAGAUGCUUUUGACGCAUGGCUAUGCGACACUGUUCGCAGUGACGUCUCCUUGGGUCUGCACUGCAACGCUGCUAGCCGUCCUGGUGGAGAUAUGGGUCGACAUGAGAAGUCUCCUGGAUAACAGACAGCGUCCCUUUCCAACACAAGCUCGCAACAAUGAGCCCUGGGGUACUGCCUUUGAAAUCUACGGUGUCAUGGCAGCAUUGACAAACGUGCUGUUGCUCAUCUUUACUUCUUCGCAGUACUCCAGCUGGACAAUCACAGAAAAGAUCGUCUACUUUGCGUUCCUGGAGCACUUGAUCUUUGGCGCAAGGCUGUUCGUUCAGGUCAUUUUCCCUCAGGUCCCACAGACCGUGGAGGUGCUGUCUCUGAAGCAGGACAACGUUGUCCACCGGUGCUUGGAAGGCAUCAAGGUAGAAAGCAACACAGACUUCAGCCUUUUUCGGGAAAGCCGUGUGCAGGAGGAUGUGCAGGUAUUUGGAUACGACCUACUCGAAACAGAUGAGGCAGACCUGACCUUGUCUUUGAGAGACAGUGGCAAAUCCAUGUACCAAGGGGUGAUUGACGAGGUUGGCACACUACGUGUCAAUAUCGGCAUGCCCGUGAGCAAAUGA